CUCCGCUUUAGCUGCGGGGAAAGGAGGACCCCUGGGAGCGGGACCCUGGCGUCUGGUCGCCCAGUCUUGUUUAGGCUUGGGCCCGCAUGGAGGGGACCGUGGAGUCCCAGACGCCUGACCUCCGAGAAGUGGAGGGCAAGGUGGGCAGGAAGACCCCCGAAGGGCUGCUCCGCGGGCUGCGAGGCGAGUGGGAGCCGGGAGCCUCUGGCGCCCUGCUCCUCCCGGGGGAGCCUAGCACGGGCCACAGCCUGGGGGACAAGAUCGUGGCUCUGAGGAUGGAGCUGGCUUACCUGAGAGCCAUUGACGUGAAGAUCCUGCAGCAGCUGGUGACCUUGAAUGAGGGCAUCGAGGCAAUACGUUGGCUGUUGGAGGAGCGGGGCACAUUGACCAGCCAUUGCAGCAGCCUCACAAGCAGCCAGUAUAGUCUGACAGGCGGGAGCCCAGGCCGCUCAAGACGAGGCAGCUGGGACAGCCUGCCAGACACCAGCUUCACUGACCGGCUGGACAGUGUCUCUAUUGGCAGUUUCCUGGACACGGUGGCCCCCAGCGAGCUGGUUGAACAGGGCCCCCCAGGGGCUCCCCAUCCUGAGAUGGACUGGGCAAAGGUUCUACCUGGUGGGGGGAGGGCCAGGAUUGAGGUGGACCUGAUAGCCACCAAGCUAGGGAGCUUGAAGGCUGUACAGAAGCCCCCAGGGGAGGGGCUCCAAGGUGGACCACCUGAGUCACCAGAGGACGAGAGUGCCAAGCUGGGCUUCGAGGACCACUGGUACUGGGGGCAGUGCCAGGAUGAUGUGACCUUCUUGUAACAACUUUCCCACCCUUUUGUACCUCUGUGGCUCUUUCAUCCCUCAGCCCUGGUCUCCCUCAAAAUUUAUUCUCCCUCAGUCUGGGACUAGGAAGAGGCUGUACUGAAAU